GGAGUAGAGACUUGCACGACAAUCUCCUUUCUUGCGCUUCUCUUCCGAACGUGUGGAAUCCGCGCUCACCGUCAACCGAAGUUCCACCAUUGAUUACAACGGACAGUCUGCAGAAUGCCAGAGAGUGCCGAGUCCCCACCAACAGGUCACCGUGUGCCAGGGAAAAGCACCUCGGUUCAUGUUCCCCGUGCUUGUGAUGCAUGUCGAGCACGCAAGAUCCGCUGCAACCGGGAGUUGCCAUGCGCUCACUGUCUAGACGCAAAGAUUGAAUGCACACACUCCGGCAGCAGGCCGAAAGAGAAGCGAACCCGAAUCUUGCUGACCCAUGAGUACGAGAGGAAGAUUGACCACAUUGAUCGUCGCCUUGACGGCAUUGUCGAGCUACUCGAGGAGCUCAGGGAGCGUCUACCGGCCUCGCCGAAACCGCCAGCAGAAUCAUCAGUCCCCGCCACCCUCACUCCAAACCCAUCGUCUGUUGCAAGCCCAGCGAGUAAUGUUGGCCACACAUCAACUACGGGGACUGUGGUCGAGGGCGCCUCCUCGCUGACGGCACAUUCCAUCUUUGCUAAUGACCUUCUCCGGAAAGUGGUGAGCAGCGAAUCCAGGCCCGAGAUGCGCGAGAGGGUAGAUGCCCUCCAUCGAGUCGUGGAGGCGAUGAAGAAACAGCCCGCUUCACAUGAAAUGACUUACCCACACGCAAAACCAUUUAGGCCUGUUCCGGUCCCGGGCUGUGACUUGCCCCCUAUCGAGAGAACCCUUGAGAUCCUGAGAAUUGCUCAAACACAUAGACACUUCUGUAUAGCGUGGGUUUUUGAGUUUUUCAACACAUGCACGGGUCGAUUCCCGGAAAGCUGCCUGUCUGUUUACUUGGCCAGCAACCAGAACUACGACGUGGCUACGUUCAUCACUGCCAAUGCCGGCCUGCAUUACCUCUUUUCGGCCUACGCUCCGCUCUUCCCGGACAAAAAGGAGGAGUAUCUGGCUGAUUCUCGUCUCUGUGGAGCAAACCUGGAAACUGCACUGUGCAGUUUGCCAUUGCAUCUUCCCGCCAACAUAGAGGUUGUUGUGGCACUCUUGCUAGGCGCUUUCCACACAAUCGAAAUCGCAAAGCCCUCACUAGCCUGGGUCCUCUCCUCCAAAGCAUCCGAGCUCUGCCAGACUCUGGGAUACCACAGAAUCGCAUCCUACACCCACGAUUCACCUCAUGAUAGCCAACAAAAGCAAUUUCUGUUCUGGGCCGCCUAUGUCCUCGAUAAAAGCCUGUCUCUUCGCCUCGGGCGACCGUCAACCAUUCCAGACUACGAUAUCACCAUCCCUUACCCUUCUUGCGAUGACCCAGACCGUGAGGCCAUUAUGGCCUUUUGCCAUCUAUGGGUGGCGGCCUCCAAGAUUCAGGGCCAGAUUUACGAGUUGUUGUACUGCCCCGAAGCCAUCGCUCAGCCUGUUUCUGUACGACAAUCCCGUGUGCAGCUCCUUGUAUCUCGGCUUGAUGACCUCGACAUCUUGACGCGUGAAAUUUGUUCAAAAUACGAGCACUACAUGCGGGAGCUUGCCAACGACGACAUGAGUGAAUUCUUCAUGAUAUCUGAUCAUGUCCUCCGCCUGUCAACCCUGACCCUCAUCCACCGAGCAGUCCCGAAUCCCGUCGGAUCACCGACCACUUUUACAGCCGAGUGCAUCCAUGCCGCACGCGAAACGCUCGUGCGUCAUCAGGAGUGUAUGACCGUGAUUGAGCGAAGCGAGUCGGGAUUGUUCUCGAUCUACAUGAACUGGACGAUCCUAUUCGCCCCCUUCGUCCCCUUCAUCGUCCUCUUCUGCAACAUCAUCGAAACCAAAGACAAAGAAGACCUCUCCCGACUCCGGGUAUUCGUCGCCUCCCUGCAUGUAGACCGUGACACCACUCCCGUCUCGGAGGGGGUUGACAAACUGCGCCGUCUCUUUCAAGUCCUAUACAACGUCGCGUCGCAGUAUGCUGAAUCCCAAACCGAGACCUACGCGAGCGAGACCCAGCGCCAGCAGAACUUCGGCGUCGAUACGUACCUUGCAGCGCUGGGCUUCUCUUUCCCAGGUUCCUCACAGCCCACCUCGUCACAACCGCAGCAGCAGCAGUCUGACUCAGAGACUUUGCUGCCGACAGCGACGGGCAGUAUGGGAGAUGCAAAUCAUCAUGAGUUCCAGCGGGGUGUCAAUCCGGUGAUCUGGAUGGGGAAUGGGGCACAGCUUGAAGAUUGGUUCUAUAGCAAUCAGCAGAUGAUGGAGUUCUUGGAGGAAAAUUCUGCCGAGUCUUAUCUUACUGCUGCUGGUGCUGGAUGGGGUCCUACCUAAUGCAGACCGUGCUCUCGCUCGGCGCUUGAUGGCGGGAAGUCGUGUACAAUACUAAGGUAUAUAAUUAGGUCCGGUGGAUACCUGAUACCUUGUUGCGCUCG